AUGAAGCUUCAUACGGCCGUCCUCGGCGUCAUCCUCCUCCUCGCCCUUGUUCUAAACCCCAAUGGCGUUGAGGCACGGCCUGCCCCUGCCGACGGCCAUCAGAAGAAAUCGUCAAGCUACAGCCUUUUCGUCUUCGGGGAUGACUUCGCCGACAACGGGAACCUCCCGCUAACCGAUCCCGUCACCCAGAUGUCGCGGCAGUGGGCGUACCCCUACGGCUCCUCCUACGUUGACGCCGAUGGAAACCCACGACCAAAUACUCCGUCGGGACGCUUCUCCAACUAUAAAAUUCAGUCCGAUUUCAUUGCAACGAUCCUGGGGCUCGAGGAAGCACCUCCAGCCCAUGCCCUCACGGCGGAGAAAACAUGCGACCCGUCCGGCAUGACCUUUGCUCAUGGUGGCGCUGGCGUGCUGGACACCACGUCGGCACACAAUGUCCCCACACUCGCCAAGCAAGUGGACAAUUUCAGGAAGAUGGUUAAAAACGGGAUUAUCUCAGAGAAGCAACUGAGUCGCUCCGUGGCCCUCGUGGCCAUCUCCGGCAAUGACUACUAUGGGAACACCGGCGUGAUUGGCCUGACAGCCCCAAACGAUAUCAAUGCUUAUAUUGGGAAGGUGACCAAGGAGAUUGCCGACAAUGUGGACCAACUACAGAAGCUCGGGGUGACAAAGGUUCUUGUGAACAACUUGCACCCUGUCGGCUGCACGCCAACACAAACACGGACGAACAACUACACCAGUUGCGAUGUCUUCGGAAACCUGGGUGCAUCUGUCCAUAACAAUAACCUGAAGCAUGUGAUAGCAGCAAAGAGGAAUGUCCACGUUGUCGAUCUCUACACCGCCUUCACUAGCAUUGUGGAUAAUGUUCCAGGUAAAGGACAAGAGCUAUCCAAGCAAUUCAAGCGGAAGUUGUCGCCGUGCUGUGAGAGUUUCGAUUCAAAGGGUUACUGUGGACAACAAAGCGAGUCAUCAGAGCUUCUUUACGCGGUGUGCAACAAGUCCAGCAAUUUUUUCUACUGGGACGACAUGCACCCGACACAUGCAGGGUGGGAGGCAGUGAUGAAACAGUUGGAGAAGCCAUUGAGAGAGUUUGUAGAUCAAGACUAGCUAGGGUUUUC